GAAACUACUACCUCUUCAUAACAAAUAUUCUAACUUCCCCCCAAAAAUCUACCACUAUUAUUACAGAAAGAAGGAUUUCACGAGUUAACCAGGAAAUCGACAAGAUGCCUCGAUUCAUCAAGUUCCAAAUUGAUUGGGCCAUCCAUGCCAAGCUCAACAACGACAUUCUAGAGCAGAGUACUCACGGGAAGGACGAAACACCAGAGGGUUGCACCUGUGAUAUCUGCUACGAGCGGUUCUGCAUUGCAUCAGUUGAUUCAGAAGAUGCGGCAGAAUGUUUACCGUACUUCCCCGUCAGCAAAAUCCUAGAGCCAUCUCAGCUCUGCGAUAGUGACUCCAAGGAAAUCGAAGGUAUCUGGGAGUUCCCAGAUGUUGACAACUGCAAGUGCUACUGUCACCGCUGCCACAUCCAUCAAUUCAAGCUGUUUUGCAAAGAACACAAAGAGUUGGUCAAGGAACAUUCGAAGCUCAUGGUUGAUUGGUUCUUAACUCUCAAAUCUUCACAACAGUUGCAGGACCUUCAAACUCCCAGAGAGCGACAUCAUCAAUUCCGCAAGAGACUCAGCGACGCGGGAUUUCGUCACAGAUCUCAAAGAUGCGAAAAAGUCGACUUCUCAUCACUCAAACCAAGCGAAGGAUGGUACUAAACAUCAUACGAACUCCGAAUCAAGCGACUUGAAAAGGGCGGAAGGUUGUUGUAGGCGGAGAAUUUCUGGGAAUGGGGUAACCCAAGCACUCACAAAAUUUCAACUUCGACACA